AAAUUAUCGAGCACUAGCUCUCUUUAGAUAUGUAUAUCGGUGCAACCAAAGCUAAAGAUAAAGUUGUUUGCGUCAGUUGCAAAUAUUGUGAAAUUUUUGUUUAUCAUAUAACUCGCUUAUUGAAAUAAAAAUGGAAAAGUGGAUACGUGAACGGCUAAAGAAUUGUCUGGACUUCGAAGUACCAGAUGAUAUGAUAAAGUACAUUGUGUCCAUCAAGUCUUCAACUGAAUUUGAUGAAUAUUUUGAAUCUCUGCUUAAUCCUGAAUGCGAAGACCAUCGUUCCUUCCUGACUGAUUGCAAGCAGCGUUUGUUUAGCAAGCCACUGCCCAAUAAACGUACGCCCCAAGCCAAUGCUCAACAAUCAAAACAGGGCCAGGGCGCUGGGCAUAUCAAACAGAGCCAAAAUACCGUUUCAUUGGAAGGGAAAUUCGGCAAGCUACCAAACCAACAACAACAAUCGCAAACAGCGCAAGGCGCUAAAAAAAAGUCCAAAUAUGUGAGUUUGUACACCAGUGACGGUAGUGUUAGUGGAGAAGUGAUAAUGUUGAAAGGGCGCCGCUUUUGCGAUUGCCAAGCGUCACAGCACAAACUUAUCAAUAAUUGCCUGAGUUGUGGGCGCAUUGUUUGCGAGCAGGAAGGCAGUGGUCCCUGUCUCUUUUGUGGUGAAAUCGUUUGCACCAACGAGGAAAUGCAAAUCAUGAAGGGCGAUACCAAAAAGGCUCAAAAUAUGUUGAAGUCAUUAAAGGAAAAAGGAGGUGGAGAAUCACUGAAAAAAGCGCUCGAACAACGUGACCGUCUGUUGGAGUAUGAUCGUAAUAGCGAAAAACGUACAACAGUUAUUGAUGACGAGCUCGAUUACUUUGAGGAAAAUUCGGUUUGGCUCUCGGAUGCAGAGCGUGCUAAACUGGAACGCCUCAAGCAGGAAAUGCAUGAGAAGAAGCACGAGAGCCGUGCCAAACGAAAAAUAAAGGUCGACUUUGCUGGCCGUGAGCUGGCAGAUGAUUCACCACUUACUGUCGACUUUGAGAAUCGUGUGCUAAAGGAAAUUGCAGAAGCAAAAGCCGCUGAUGGAAACAAAAGUAAUUGGUCUAACCGCAAAAAUGCGCAAAAAAUUACACCGGAUACGUGUGGAACAGAUCCCAACAUAGAUGGUGAACUACGUCUGGUAUACAAACUAACUGCUGAAGGUAAGACACUAACCGUAGAUGGGCGUGCCAAUCAAGGUUUUGCAGAUCGCUCAUAUAAUCGCGUGCAAGAUAAGGAGUUAUUAGAGAUGCAAGACAUGCGACAUUGUCUUUCAAUGCAUCAACCAUGGGCUUCAUUGCUUGUGGAGGGUAUAAAAAAGCAUGAGGGACGCGUUUGGUAUAGCGAGCAUCGUGGCCGUUUAUGGAUAGCUUCCACUGUUAAGGAUCCACAUCCUGAGGAAAUUGAAGAACUAAAAAAUUUCUACAAGAAUUACUACAAUGAUCCUGACAUACAGUUUCCAGAACACUAUCCAACCGGUUGUUUACUAGGUUGUGUACGAGUAGAGGAUUGCCUGGCGCAAGAAGAUUAUCGCGAAAUCUACCCUAAUGGCGAAUCUGAGAGUCCAUAUGUCUUCAUUUGCGCAAACCCAGAAAAACUGCCUGUAGUAUUUCCUGUUAAAGGGCAACAUAAAAUAUAUCAAAUCGACCCUAAGAUACAUAAUGCGGCUUGCAAAACAUUACUACGCUUAAAGAAUACAAAAGUCUAAGAUAAUGUGAGAAAGAUCCCAAGGGAUUUUAAGAUAUGUAUAUACUUUGUACUAAAUAUACGUUUAAAUGAAAAUAAAACGGAAUAAACGUUAAAAAAAGUA